AUGGAGGGGACUCAAGGUGGUUCUAAUGCACCAGCGCCUUUUCUUACAAAAACAUAUGACUUGGUGGAUGACCCCUCAUCCAACCACGUUGUGUCUUGGAGUGAUACUGGUUGUAGUUUCGUGGUUUGGGAUCCCACAGAGUUCGCCAAAGAAAUGCUUCCCAUGUAUUUCAAACACAACAACUUUUCAAGCUUCGUGAGGCAGCUGAAUACAUAUAUUGGGAACAAGAGUAAAUGGGGUCUGAACUGUGAAGCUGACAAAUGGACAAACCUUGUCUUGGAGAAAGGCUCUCUGAAGAUGAUGGAGAAUUCCAUAAACACUUCAUUUGAUUGGCAAUCGCAAAGCAGUGGUUUUAUAUGCGUGGCAUACAUGGUUGGGCCUCACUGGAAAGGUUUUCGAGACAUGCUACCAUGUUGGGGCUGGAUUUCUGAGAGUCGUAUGGUCACCGCUGCUAAGAGGAGUUCAAUAAUUGGGGUUAUUGCCCUGGGGUUUAGGAAAAUUGAUCCUGAACAGUGGGAGUUUGCAAAUGAGGAAUUCUUAAGAGGAGGAAGACAUCUGCUGAAAAAAAUUCACCGCCGCAAGCCAAUUCAUAGUCAUUCCAUGCAGAAUCAUGAGUAUUCUUCAGUUCCUUUAAGUGAGACAGAAAGAGAAGAAUAUGAGAAGAAAAUCAAUAGACUGAAUCAUGAUAAAAGCUUGCUUGAGUUAGAGCUACAAAGGCAUCAAAGAGAGAAUCUAGAGUUUGACUAUCAAAUACAGAUAUUACAAGAACAACUGCAGAAAAUGGAACAUCAGCAGAAACAGUAUACAUCCUUCUUGGCUCAACUACUGCAGAAACCAGGAUUAGCUUCUAUACUUGUGCAAAAAUCAGAAAUCCAUAACAAAAAGAGAAGAUUGUUGACAUCUAGCCAAUUUCCUGAUGAUUUCAAGAUGGAAAUUUUGAAUUUGAAUACGCAGAAUGAAAACCUGGAUUUUCUACAUGGGAUCGGGGAAGCAAUGCCUGAAGAAGUAAAUGAUAUUGGCUUGUUAUCUCAGGCCUCUCCCAUCAUUGUUACAGAAAUACAAGACCCUGGCAUGAAUAGCAGGCCUUGCUCACCUAGAUCGCGUUUAUCUUCGCCAAAUUCAAUGAAUGUUUCAUCCCCAGAGGUGGUUGGGUCUGCAAAUUUUCUUGACAUCCUUGCUAUAACAUCAACAUGCCACAAUGUUGAUUUCAGGCCAAAAUCUUCAGGGAUUGAUAUGAACUCUAAGCCCGAUAGUGCUCCUGCGGCUGAGGCCUUGAAAGAAAUGGUACAGGAAAUGAAAAAUGCCGAGCCUGCUGCGGCGAAUGAUAUGUUUUGGGAACAGUGCCUGACAGAGACCCCUGGUUUAGAUGAUGCGCAGGAAGUACAGUCAGAAAGAGGGGAUAGUGAUGGCGGAGUGAGCAAUACCAAUCCAGCUAUUCAGAAAAAGCUUUGGUGGAACACAGAUGUAGAUAACUUCACAAACCAAAUAGGGCGCCUCACUCCAGCUAGUUGA